AUGGCCGCAGGCGCCCUCCUGCCGUGCCCGAUGUCCCAGCUGGACUUCCUCAAGGCCUCGCACUUCAAGCUGGGGCCCGACCCGCGGCUGCACCGGGGCGUCAUGCAUUCCACGGCGCACCGAGACUUUCCCGCAUACCCGGGGGCCACCCGGGCGCAGCCACCCCCCAGGCUGCCGGGCACGCCGCUCUUCCCAGCGGACGAGCGCUGGGCCAACGGGGAGCGCUUGUCGGAGGCGCGCCGCGCGUUCUCGCCGCCGUGCGCGCCACCGCCGGAGCGGGGACGGGCGCGCCCGCUUGCCAUGCAGGCCAGCAACGUGCGCCUGCACGAGGAUGCGCGCGUCACCGCCAGCAUCUCCAACGCACGCGCCGCCUACGGGUGGCCCGAGCUGCCCGCGCGCGCCCGAGAGAAGAUCCGCGGUGCGCGCCUCAUCUUCGACCUCAACUCGGUGACUCCAGGCGACCGGGACAAGCUGCGCAUCCCGGCCACCACGCACCAGGAGUUCUUUCCGCCCCACGACGCGUGCCCGCAGCCCCGCGCGCCCUGCAGCCACCUCGGGGGCCCCAACAUCCUCACAUGGGACAACAAGAGACAGGAGGGGACUUCCUACCAGAAACAGUUCCAGUCCCUGCCGGGCCCACCUACCUUGAUGUGUAAGAGGGCCUCCUCGAAAGUGGAACUUGGAGACUGCAAGAUUGGCUACGGCCCCAUGUGUUCGGAGCAGAAACAGGCCUACAGGCCCCAGGGCCUGCCCCCAGACAGGUAUGACAAGGCACAGGCCGUGGCCCACAUCCACUGUGUGAAUAUCCGUCCUGGAGAUGGCCUCUUCCACGACAGGACCACCGCGGCAGAGCACUUCUAUCCCCGGGAGCCAGAGCCGUUUGUUCUUUACCACAGUCAGACUCCAGAGUCGCACAUCCUGAAAGGAAAUUGGUGCCCCGGCCCUGGCCAUCUGGACACCUUCAUGCAGUUCUUCUACGGCCAGCCACCACCCCCGACCCAGCCACCCCGCCGCCACAUGCCCCAAGAGCACUUUCAGAGUCACGUGACCCUAGGAGAGUCGAAGCUGCUUGGACACUUUUUCCACACCACUAUGGGCUCGGACUACUACCCCUUGGAGACAGAUCCGGUAGGGACGCAGAAAGCGCCCACCCUCCACCUGCUGCCGAGCAACCUGCCCCAGGGCACCAGAGAAUCCGAUUUUUUAACCAUGAACCAGAAGAUGCUGACGCCACACAGAGCAGCUCGAGUCCCCAUCACUGAAGAGAUGCUACAGCGGUGCAAAUACAGCCACGUGGAGCCCCCUCUGGGUGGACUGCGCUUCCUGUCAACCCAGUACAGGGACGAGUUUCCUGCCAAGUACCAGGGCCCAGCAGUGCUGAGACUGGGCACACCACAGGAGAGCCACGUGCCACUGGGCACACCUCGCCAGAGGCACUGCAGAGAGAAGAUAGACCCUCAGGCCCCCCAGUCCCCUAUGUACCCCUGCCCCAGCCAGCAAUAA